CUUAUAAAACUCUCCAACCCCAUCUCACCUUUUCAUCUCCUCCCUUCCUUUCCUCCUCCUUUUCUUAUUGAGUAACCCUCAAAUCUCUCAAAAUCCCCAAAUCAUUUUUCUCAAUUUUAGGGUUCAUCCUCAAAAACCCAAUCAAAUCAUGGCGUCAAAUUCAUCAAAACCCUCCGACGAAGAACUAACCAAUCAAUUGCAACAACUCCGAACACAAUUAAACAAAAAGCAAACAUUCGAAUCAGCAGUUUCAUCAAUCAAAUCCCUCCUUCUUCAAUCCUACUCCACCUCUUCUCCUUCAACCCAGAAACUCUUCUACGACGUCGUUUCACGCGUCGCAACCGUAAUCCGCACUCGCUACACUUUCCCGGCUUACCUCCUCGCCGGCGUCGACCUCCUCGAGACCGCCGACCGCCUCACCGUCAACCCCGCUGAGAAAACCCACCUCAAUUCCUGCAUCACCCACUUCCGACAAACCCUAAAUCAAGAAGACCCUGAAAAUGGAGGUGAGAGAAUUUCGCAAUCGAAUCGUAGAGGUGGGUACCUCUUUGAAGGUCAUUUGACGGUUGAUCAGGAGCCUGCGCAACCCAAUUGGCUUGUGCAACAGAAUCUGUUAACUGCGCUCGCUGCGCAGUCGCAAACCGCCGGUGAAAAUGGUGAUAGUAGCAAUGAUGAAGUCGUGGGGAGUUUAAUGAGGGGAUUGGUCGAAAGUUUAGAUGUGUCAAUGCUUGAUAAUCUGGAAGAUUUGCUCCCACCAAUGGAGGGAACGACUGGAAGGGUUGCGCCGCCUGCGAGUAAAGAGGUGGUGGAGAAGUUGCCGGUGAUUAAACUCGAAAGCGAGGAGAUGGUGAAGGAGAAGAUUGGUGAAGAGGGGGCAGAGUGUUGUAUAUGUAAAGAGAAAUUGGGAGUGGGAGAUGAAAUGCAAGAAAUGCCGUGUAAACAUUUGUUUCAUCCGCCGUGUUUGAAGCCGUGGUUGGAUGAGCAUAACUCGUGCCCGAUUUGUCGGCACGAGUUGCCGACGGAUGAUCACAAGUAUGAGAGUUGGAAGGAGAGGGAAAAGGAGCUUGAGGAGGAGAGGCGUGGUGCUGCUAAUGCUGUUCGAGGGGGCGAGUUUAUGUAUAUUUAGAUGAUGUUUUUGAUUAUUGUGUCAUUGUAUCAUUUUUGUUAUUGACAUUAUUUGAUGUUGAGUCAAUUUAUUUGUCUUCCUAUAUGAAUUGUUAUAACUGCAGUUGAAUUCAGGUUGAGAUUACAUGUAAUGUACCAUAAUGUAUCACACAUUUUCUAAUACAUACGAAGUAUGUCAUUUAAACUUGCUUACAA